AUGACAUAUAGUCGAUUAUUCUUGAAAAAAAGCGUCAGGUUUUUGAAAACCGUAAAGCAGAUGCUUUUGAAGAUGCUAUAUGCGUUGACUGUAAAAAACAAGGUCAUUUCACCAAAGACUAUUUCAAAUGUGAUUUUUACAAAACAUCCUCUGCUGAUGAUGUUGGCUCUAGCAGAGGCAAGAAAAGAAGUCAGAGCUUUGAUCAAGAAUAUUCAUAAACCAUUACGUUUUAAAAAACUCGGCAUAUGUUGCCCCAAAGUGUCUGCUCACGCAGAACUUUUGGUCACAGUGAUUCAAAUAAUCAAUGGACAAACAGUCAAAAACACAUCAGUACUUCCAAAUGGGUUUAUAGAAGCCUACAACAACUUUAAUUACCCGUCAUUUACACGCUCCAAAAUCCUCGUACCAGAAAUCUUCCAGUGCAUUUCUGAAGCCUGUACGGAGAUCGCUACUUCCUGCCUCAACCAUAUUGUUGAAAAUUUUGAACAAAGGCUUGUAUAUGUUUUGAAGUUAAAGUUGCAAAUGAUGUUUGUGUCAAUGCACCCAUCACUGGCCCAUGACAUUGUAACCCGUUUCUUUUACAGAAUGCAAGAGAAGUUUAGCUCAUUACCUUCACUGGUUCGUGAAGUUGUGAAGCUUUUUUGCUAUCAAGAGAUUGUUGGAGGAGAAACAUCAUGGCCAGCGAGCAUUCACCUCACUGAAGAGGUAAAAUCAAACAUUAUCGGCUUUUAUCAACCUUGGAAGCAAAGAAUGGGGGAAAGGAUAAACUUGUCUACUCUUAGUGUAAACCCUGGUUGCUUUGUCCCCUUUUUAUUUCUGAUCAAUGAUGAGCUGGAGAAAGAACAUGCUGCCCACAAAUCCUACGAUGUAAGAAGACUCGUUUACCGAGAUUAUUUUCUGUGCUGCCAACUGCCUCUAUACGAUGGCGAUUUGUCACUGCAGAAGCUACCUCGUGGUUAUCACGAUCAACUAGAGCUGUUUUAUCGUAUUUUAAAUUCCAGUCAUUGCGUUAUAGAAAUCUCUCAUCACUUACUCCAAAUAAGUAAUACGGUGCUUUUUGGCAACAUAAUAAGAACCGAUGGCUUCUCAGUAGACUUUGUAUUCUACAAAAGACGACAUGUUGCCCUUGCAUCUACAUACAAAAAUUUAGAUUUAUCUCUGGAUGAUUUUAGUAAAUCUGAGUAA